AUGGCAAAAGGAGAUGAGAACCUAAAAGUAAUCCAUAGAAUCAAGAACUCUUCAUCAGCUUAUUUUCAUGGCGACGACAAAUACGAUAAUACUGAAAAAAAUUCAGAUCAUGAAUAUAUUCCCAUUGAUCUAACGAGGGAGAUACUUAUGAGACUGCCUGCAAAAUCUAUCUUGAGGUUUCGUUGUGUAUCAAAGCUAUGGUUGUCUAUCACCACCGAACAAGAUUUCAUCAAUUCGUUCACGGUACGACAAUCAUCAAUUCCUUCCCAAAGUCUUCUUCUCAACUUCACCAGUUAUGAUAAUGAGAGGAAGCACGUCUUCUGCAUGCUGCCAUUUCAUGAGAAGUCCACAAGUUAUUCUGAUGUGCACAAUUUUCAUAUCAUUCCCCCUGGAAAAGAUUAUCAAAGCUGCAGUAGCACUUCUGUCAAUGGCUUGAUCACUUUCGGAAACAAGACAGAAAUUGUAAUUUGGAAUCCCACCAUGAAAGAACAUAUAACCUUGCUUAAACCUAAAAACCCUAUGGAGAAUUAUAAGAUAAUAGGUUGCCGUUUAGGAUACGAUCCUAUGGAGAAUAUAUAUAAACUACUAUUGAUGGCCUAUUAUCCCUGUGCUUAUAAAUUAAAGGAAGAAUAUCAAAACCCUCAAAUUCUUACAUUAGGAUCUCAAGAAUCAUGGAGGGUGAUAAAAAAUAGCCCUGAUCAUCAGGCUAGUAGUGAUUAUUAUUGCAUCAAAGGAGUUGUGUAUUAUAGAGCAAAUAUAUCUUUUGAAGAAGACCGAGACGAUCAUAGUGUUAUCCCUUCGUUUCCCAAAGCAAUCCUGGUUAUGAAAUUGAAAGAGAUCAUUAUGAGUUUUGAUGUGAGGUCCGAACAGUUCAAAUCAAUCCAAAUACCUGGUCGUGCGCCCCGACAUGAAUCAAAUCUUCACGAAUGUUUAAUGAGUUACCAAGGAAAAUUAGCAUGGGUUUGCAGUUAUUCAAAUAUUAUCAAAAUAUGGGUUUGGCAGGAUGCUGAAAAACAAGAAUGGUCAGAAAAUGAAUUUGUUAUACCUAUGCCUAUAAGAGAUUUGGUUGGGAGGACUUGGUCGUUAAAUGGUGCCACUAGUGCUGGUGAGUUUAUCUAUGUAGCAAAAUCAGGAAAAUUGUUUAAAGAUAUUUCUGUUUUUAUUUAUGAUCCGGUGAGAGAGACGAUCAGAAAUGUCAAAGGACUUGACUAUGAGAAAUUUAGGCGUUGUUAUGGAUCUAGCAACGAAAGAAUGUAUUUUCUCACAUCUUAUCCGGAUCACAUCGAGAGUCUCAUAUCUCCAAAAACUCUCGUGUGAUUAUGUCUUUCAUGUGUUUUAGGUUUUUGUUGUAUUCCUUUUGGAAAAACAAAAACAAAAAUCUAAUCUGAGAG